AUGCAGCAGGACCGCGCAGACAGAUGCCCAAGCCCCGAAGCGUUGUUUUCUGACCAUGCUUUGAUGGCUAUAGCGGAACUGUCACCUGGCGCGAGCAUGCCAAGCGCACUGUCUCAGCCUACUCUGGAGGAACCGCUACCGCUUCCGACGAAUAUCCUCAUAUCGGAUAUGGAUUUUAGCCUUCGCUCACCGAUCACCCCGAUGCCCUUUGUGGAGGACAAUGCGAUGCCUUCCACAUUCGCCGUAUUCGAUGGACUCGGAUUUACGGGGGUAAGUGAGCAACACAGCGACAAUCCCGAAGCCUCUGUGCUGCAUUCCAGCUACACUGGCAGCCAGCCGCAGCCAUCGGCCGUCAGCAAGCUUGAGAGUGCCAAUCAGCCGUUGAAUAGCAGCCCGCGCAAGCUGCGUCUGGCAGCCAAGUUGCACGGCAGCCGGAGCACUGGCGGGAUCACCAAGAAAAGCGGAAAGAGACGAGGCAGCAAGUAUGUGAUUCCGGCGAUCAACCAGGAUGGGUCGCUCAAGUGCUGCAGCAACUGCGGGGCAGCCCAGACGCCGAGCUGGCGGCGGCACCCGGACACCGGUACGAUGCUGUGCAAUGCCUGCGGGUUAUAUCUGCGGCUGCAUAUGAAGCCGCGACCGCUUGCGUUCGACGAGCAGGGGCAUCUGCAGGUCAUCCGCAAGAACGCGGCGGUGAAACGUGAGCCGAUCAAUGUGGGAGCUGGGGCUAAUAUGAUGGCAGAGAUAAAUGCGGACUUGCCGUUCCAGGCGCUGGCGCUGGUGCCGGCCCACAGUGACUUGGCGCCCAGCGAUGAAGGCGCUGGCGAGCUCGAUGAGACGGAGGCGGCGCUGGCGGGAGCAAUCAGGCGCAUUCUCCUCACUUUCCUCCAAUUCAGUUAUUUUCUAAACCUUAGCACCAUGAAUCUGUCGCAUUUUUCGCUCCGCGUGGGCGACCGUGCAAAGGCGGAGCAGGAGCUGCUCGUGUCAAUUCGCAAGGCGACGAAUGUAGAUGAGACGUCACCGAAGCGCAAGCAUGUGAGAAAGAUGAUUAUGUUCAGCUGGGAUUUCAAGACGUCGGUGCCGGUGUGGGAGGGCCUGAAGGCGCAGCCGCUGCUGGCCGACGAGGUGCAGUGCUACAAGGCGCUUAUUUCGCUGCACAAGAUGAUUCGUGAGGGCCACCAGGUGUGCAUUCCUGAGGCGCUGACGCAGACGGCAUUCCUGGAGACACUGGGGCAGCGUGCAGGCAACACCGGCGGGUAUAGCGGGUGGCGUAACUACAGCGUGCUGAUUCGCGCAUACGUGAACUUUUUGCUGGCGAAGCUGGAGUACCACCGGCUGCACCCCGAGUUCAACGGCAUGUUCGACUACGAAGAGUACGUGAGCCUGCGCGGCACCAACGACCCGAACGAGGGCUACGAGACGAUCGCGGACCUGAUGAGCCUGCAGGACCGGCUGGACGAGUUCCAAAAGCUGGUGUUCCGCAACUUCCAGCCCGGGUCCAAUAACGAGUGCCGCAUUGCAUCACUGGUGCCGCUGGUGGAGGAAUCGUAUGGAAUCUACAAGUUCGCCACGCGCAUGCUUAUUGCCAUGCACCAGCGUGUGGACGGCGCCGAGGAGGCGCUGGAGCCGCUGCGCACGCGGUACAACGGCCAGCACUAUGCGCUGCGCAAGUUCUACUACGAGUGCUCAAACCUGCGGUACCUGACGAGUCUGAUCACGGUGCCGCGGCUGCCGCAGGACCCGCCCAACCUGUUUGGCGACGACUACAUUCCGCCGCCACUGCCUGACCGCCCCGAGUCGGCACGGGAUGUGUCCUCGCCGGUUGCUCCCUCGCCGCCGCCACCAGCUGAGCCGACCAUCGACCUGGAGGCCGAGCGCCAGGCAGCAGAGGCGCUGCGGCUGAAGCAAGAGGAGGAGGAGCGGCAGCGGCAGCUUCUUCUGCAGCAGCAGAUGGAGCAGCAGCGGCUGGAAGAGCAGCGCAAGUUUGAGCUCCUGCAGCAGCAGCAGCGGGAGCGCGAGCAGCAGCAGCUGGAGCAGCUGCAACGCGAGCAGCUGUCGCGGCAGGUGCAGGGCAAGAUGCAGGAGUUUGAGCAGCAGAUGCUGAUGAUGCGCGGUCAGCACGAGCGCGACCAGCUCACCAUCGACCAGUACAACAAGCGGGUGGCAGCGCUGGAGGAGCAGAUCCGGCAGCUGCAGCUGCUGCAGCUGCAGCAGGACCAGGGCAAGGACGAGCUGAUCCGGCAGCUGCAGGCUCAGAUCGAGCAGUGGAAGCAAAAAUACGAGGCGCUGGCCAAGCUGUAUGCCCAGCUGCGGCAGGAGCACCUGGAGCUACUGACCAAGUUCAAGGCCGUCAACCUCAAGGCCAACAGCGCCAACGAGGUCAUGGCCAAGAUGGACCGCCUGCAGGCCGACAUGAAGCGCAAGAACCUGGAGCUGGCCGACAUGAUGCGCGAGCGCGACAAGGCGCGUGCCGACCUCCAGCGCAUGGAGAACGGGCAGGUGGAGGAGCUGGAGCGGCUCCGGCGCGAGUUGGAGGACAGCGAGGACCGUGUGCGCGAGCUGAGCCGCAACAAGGGUGCCGAGGUGCAGCAGAUGCUGGCCAAGUUCAAUGCUGAGAAGGACGCGCUGCAGCGGCUGCUGGAUGACAAGCUGCGCGAGGCAGAUGGUGCGCGCAAGCGGUUCGACGACCUGCGAGCUGAGCACGAGCAUCUGCGCCAGACCAAGGACGACGAGAUCGCUGUGCUGCAGGCGGGCAUGGACCAGAGCAUCGUGGCCAUGGCCAAGCUCAAGAACCAGGCCGACGGCAGCCAGGGCGACCUGCAGCGGCGGCUGGACGCGGUGAUGGCCGAGCACGCACAGAAGCUGCGCCGCAUCCUGGACUCGAUCCUGCGGGCAUGCGCAGACACGGCAGACGAGGCAGUGUUCAGCCUCAACGAUCCGAGCAACGCCGGCAAUAUGACAGCGACAGUGGAGCACGUUCUGGCUACCAUCGAGCAGGUCCACGACCUAGGCAAUGCGCUGGCAGCGUCGUUUGCCGGGUACCUGGCCAACCCCGACGGCGACCAGACGCAGGUUAUCUCGACGGCGGUGGGCUUGGCCAAUGACGUCGAGCACCUGCUGGCCAACAUCAAGGGUGUGUCGCGGCUGGCCAGUGGCGAGGACACCGUCGAGCGCAUUGUCAAGGCUGCGCGCCAGACGGCGCUGGUCGCUCGCCAGUUCUUCAUCAAGGGCCAGUCGCCCGCGAUGGAGCGCCUGCUGGCUGCCGAGCGCCCUGGCGUGAUCCUCGACACGAACCGCGAGCUGCAGCAAAGCCUGGGCACGCUGACGGCGCUGGCCGAGGGACUUGUGCCGCAGGACGCGUCGCGCGUGUCGGUGGCCACGACCAGCGAGGACGUGUCGGAUCUGGUCGAGCGGGAAAUGCUGAAUGCCGCACGCGCCAUUGACGAAGCUGUGGCGCGCCUGCAGGCACUGGCGAACCAGCCACGUGACUCGUCGCUGACCGACCACCAGGUGCAGGUGCAUGACGCGAUCCUGGACUCGUCCAUGGCCAUGACCAACGCGAUCGCGCAGCUGAUCCGCGCCGCAACCGCGUCGCAACAGGAGAUCGUCGCGCAGGGCCGCGGCACGAGCUCAAAGGCAGCGUUCUACAAGAAGAACAACCGGUGGACUGAGGGUCUGAUCUCGGCUGCCAAGGCUGUGGCCAUGGCCACCAACAUGCUGGUUGAGACCGCCGACGGCGUGAUCAAGGGCACGCUGACCAUCGAGCACCUGGUGGUGGCUGCGCGCGAGGUGUCGGCGGCCACUGUGCAGCUUGUGGCCGCAUCGCGCGUCAAGUCGCAGCUGUACUCGAAGACCCAGGAGCGCCUGGAGCUGGCCGCCAAGGCGGUGACGGAAGCCUCGGCACACCUGGUGCGUGCCACCCAGCGUCUCAGCGAGAAGGAGCAGCAGAGCGCUCAGGAGGACUUUGACCAGAUGUCGAACCUCGAGUUCAAGAGCAAGGAGAUGGACCAGCAGGUCAUGAUCCUGAAGCUCGAGAAGGAUCUGGUUGCUGCCAGGAGGAGGCUUGCCGAGAUGCGCCGUCAUGGCUACCAUGCCGACGAAGAGGAGGAGAGCAAUGUUUGA